AGAGGGCGCCCAGGAUGUGGAACAGAAAAGAUGAACGGAUGAAAACCUCCACCGUUCCCACCAUUCCGUGUCUUUAGGCGGAGCGGAGUGAAAGGUCGUCUCUCCUGUCCAGCCGGUGAAGCGAGUACAGUUGAUAGAAGUGUGAAAUAAACGAGAGCAUGCAACGCAGUCUGAGAAGGGCAUAAGUAUUAAGAAAGGUUUUCAAAGAGCUCACGAACACGUUUCCAGUUUCGAAGACUGUAAGCAGCUCAAAAUUGUCAGUUAAGGUGUCGAAGUACAGCUUGGUUCAAGUAUCGUAAAGGUCCCUUAUACCACUCUACGGGUUUACAGAAAGUCCACCAGUACUCACGGUGACGCUCUAAACCAGGUAACGGCCAGGCCGGCUUCUGCCGUUGGAGUCCACCUAAAGGAGAACGCAGUGCCCGUAGACUAAGAUGUCCUCUAAUAUGCCGAGCUCUAACAGCAUAGUGCAGGCACGGAGGACGGUGAUGCAGCUGAGGAUGGAGGCUAGCAUGAAUAGGAUAAAGGUGUCCAACGCAUCAGCAGACCUCAUGCGCUACUGUGGAGAAAACGCCAAGUACGACCCCUUGCUCAUGGGCAUCCAUCCGUCAGAAAACCCCUUCAAGGACAAAAAGCCCUGCACAAUAUUGUAGUGGGUCGCCCCCUAACUCGUGUGCUUUUUAAAUGUUCCUUUUUUAUAGAUCGAAAACAAUUUAAAACAACUGUAAGUUCCCCUGAAAUCACCCUAAAUGUGCCCCCCUUAUUAAAACUAGUGCAAGUUAACAGGCUGAAUUGCAGCCAUUGUUUGCCUUCGCCACUGCAUUCCGACUGAUCGAAAGGAGAAGAAGAAAAAGCACAAUGUAAACACGCGCCGCGAUUUCUGAGAUGUAAUUGGCUGGUAAUCUGUGUCCGUGGAAACAAAGCUUGAGGAUGAGGAAUGGAUGCUGAUAUUGGAUUCGGCGUGAAGCCCGCAAGGGCAGCGUCAUGCAAGCUGCCAUUGCUGCUGCUUUUGAGACCAGCUGCCCUGGAAUACAAAAAAUAAAGAAAUUGUAGUCAUCAAAAGCCUAAACAAUGGUCUCUAGUUCCUAGUGUCCGUACUUUCUUCAGCCAAUCAGGACCCAUUGAUAACUCGGCUUGAUUAGAUCAUUUGUUAAUAGUGAAUGGCGCUGAUAAGCAGUUGCAACACUGCCCUAGCAAGCUCGCAGCGUCUCUAUCUUCCGUAUGACCGGCCUGCACUGUUAAUGAAUGACCCCCCGUGCUGAAAAGGAAGCCCUGGUUCUCGCGGCCGUUCGUCACAGAGGGAGGGGGCGGGGCUGGACUAAAAGGUCACUGCCUUCACGUAAGAGUCUGGAAACUACGCUUUAGUGUGGGCCGUGACAGUGCGUCAGUUGUGACCUCAUCAUGCUGGCCACGCCCCUCCCUCGAUGUGACUGCAUAGAUUUACGUACAGAGACGCAGCGGGAAGGGGCGUAACCGUUCAGUGGGGGGUUUUUUAAUUGUUAUGAUGAGGCUACAUGCUUAAAUUGAACGGGAAGAAUGAAAGAAGGGGACAAAGCAAUAAAAACUAAAAAAAGAAACUCUCUUACUUGAUUAUUAUCUGCUUCAGAUCAAUGCAUGUCUGAGGCCAGUCUGAUGUUCACCUCAAACUCUGUUUCCGUAUCUCCUUCCUGUUCCUUCUGUUGAACAUAUGGAGACUCUCCGGUUUACAUGAUUUUGUGUUCAGUUCUUUUGUGAGGUGAUACAGCUUAAGGAACCUGUGAACCCACCCUACCCAGUCACUUUUUUUUUUUUUUUUUUUACCCCAGCAAGUGUUUUUAAACACCAUUGCUGUUCAUUGUGCAUAGUUUCUCCAUAUUGCUGGUCUAAUUUAUUCUUAAUUCAGCUAAAGAAUCAAUAAUCCUAUUUUUUCAGUGAUUAAAUUCAAGUUCCAAGGACAAACUUACAAAUAUCCUCCACCGCUGAUCGGUUCCAUGCAGUACAUUGCUACAGUAUUCCAUUACAGGAGCAAGUCUCUGCAGUCAUUGCAGUAUAUAUGUGCAACGAUGCACAGCCAUUUGUUUGAUGACUAAUAAGUAAGAGUUUUGAAGUACUGUAUUAAAACCUAGAAUAAAUCCUGUACUUGUUUGCCUUUGAAAUCGGUACCCUGUGACUAGCCUAGCUAAGCUCAACCAGCCGUAGGUAUGUGAUAGCCAUGCAGGACAAUUUUAUUGCUGUGUAAUAUGAUGAUGUUUAAAUGGUAACCCUUUAAAGUGCAUAUGCCUUACAUUACUAUGAAGGAAAUUUCUGUUUCUGUCAGUUUUUUAUUUUUUUUUUAUUUUUAAUAAUUGACAUCUACACGAAUAUAAGAGUUCAAGCUUACUUGUGCCAUUGUGUUCACGGAUUGUACCAGAAACGGAAGCAUUAUGUCAUAAAAAAAAGGUUUGCCUGGUUGUACUACAAAUACACGGUGCUCAUAGCUCAACAUACUGCUGUGGCUGAUGUCUGAAAAGGGUCUUCAUUCAAGUGAUUAUAUUAACGUGAUUUUGUUUUUUGUUUGGAUUAUUGCACGGUUUGACAUUCCAUGUUUACAGCUGUCCUCCUCUUCCCGGUCAUACAGUGCCACGGUCGUGCCGCAGAUGGAGGUGCCACUGCCUGACUGGCAGGUUAUAGCCGCUUAGCAGCAAUGGCCUUAGCUAAAGUGCAUCUAGCUCCCCCGCUCAUCAUCCACUGAUAGUGACUCUCUGUGACUGUUCACCUGUGAGUGACCUGACCUGUCCUGUCCUCAGCGCCAUGUUCCCCGCUAACAAAAACUGUUCUCACAGUUUUGUCACUGUUGUAAUAUUGCCAUAACAUUGCAGCAACGUCAUGUGAAUGUUUUGUGUUAGCUGGCUUAACGCCUUCUCGGCUCUGUGUCCCCACGCCUUCUCUCUUGUGUUUCAGAUAUAAAGUUGGUUCAUUUUCUUUUGUGACUCCACUGCAGUCUCUCUGACUGCGUACUGUCUUAAGGGGAGCGCUGUUUGAGCAGAUUUCUGCCUGUUGCAGAAGUUAAAUCUGUGGAAGGUGAUUGUGUUUCUGCGUGGUUCUUACUCCAAACGUGCCCUCUCACUACCUAACUAAAAUGGCCUGGUGAUCACUGUGGAAAAUUCCUCUCUUGAAGAUGUCUCCUUUGCUGUUUCUUUGUAUGGUAUAACUUGCCUAACUAGCUCCAGACUUGAUUCUUGCUUUUUAAAAAAUGUUAUUGUUAUUUUAUUUUAUUUUGGUCCUUUUGGUACCUUUUUUGCCUUUACUUUCAAGAACACUGCUUAAAGAAAAAGGAAACUCAUUGUUUUUUGCCAACUUAACUCCUGUAACUGAUGGAUUUGCUUUCUUUAGAUUUAGAUUUAGCUAUUCCUCUUGGUGGAUUUUGGAGCUGUAUUUUAGUUUCCUGUACUGUAAAUGUUGAAAGGUUUCCUACUUCAUUAAACAUAAUUGUGGUCUAGUUGA